GCUUACUCUUCGUCUUCCUCUCUCCCACUCUCUGAAAAACCGUUUUCACUUCUCUGCAAAAUCCCAAAGGGUCUCGCAUUCCAGCUCUGCGACGCCAAAAUGUCACUCGAAUACCACCUCUUGUUCACACCCAGGAUGGUUCUUCAAUCAUCCUUUCUGGGCUUUGAGGCAUUUGCUUGUUUGUUUCUGUUCAUGGCCGUCUUUGGUUUCUGGCUCUUACCUGGUGGCCUUGCUUGGGCUUUUUGCAAGGUCCGGGCUUUCAAAGCGAUUCCGGGUCCAUCCGGUUACCCACUUAUCGGGUCACUCACUGUUUUCACUGGUUCUACGCGUCACCGAGUGCUUGCUAAGAUGGCUAAGAGCCUCAAGGCCGAGGCUUUGAUGUCUUUCUCCGUGGGCCUAACUCGGUUUGUCAUCUCAAGCCAGCCAGAGACUGCUAAAGAAAUUUUGAACAGCUCCGCUUUUGCCAAUAGGCCUGCAAAUGAGACGGCCUACGAGCUUUUGUUUUACAGAGCAAUGGGGUUUGCGCCGUACGGAGAGUACUGGAGGAAUUUGAGAAGGAUAGCAGCAACCCAUUUGUUUAGUCCUAAGAGAAUGGCUGCCUCUGAAGUUUUUAGACGUGAAGUGGGGUUGAAAAUGGCUGAGGAGAUUAGGAGUUUGAUGGUUGAGAAAGGUGAGCUUCAGAUGAAAAACGUGCUUCAUUUUGGGUCUUUGAACAACGUGAUGAUGACUGUGUUUGGGCGCUGCUAUGAGUUUGGGGAAGGCGGCGAAGGGCAUGAGCUUGAGAAGCUGGUCAGGGAAGGGUAUGAGCUGCUUGGUUUAUUCAACUGGAACAACCAUUUUCCAUUUCUGGGUUGGUUGGAUUUGCAGGGUGUGAGGAAGAGGUGCAGAAUUUUGGUCUCAAAAGUGAAUGCUUUUGUCGGAAAAAUCAUUGAAGAGCAUAGGCUGAAGAAGGUCAAAGGUGACAACUUUGACACCGACUGCAGUGGGGAUUUUGUUGAUGUUUUGCUUGCUAUGGAAAAUGAUCACAAACUCGGUGACUCUGACAUGAUCGCCGUGCUUUGGGAGAUGAUCUUCCGAGGAACUGACACAGUAGCUACUCUGCUGGAAUGGGUUCUUGCAAGAAUGGUUUUGCACCCAGAAAUACAAGCCAAAGCCCAAAGUGAAAUCGACUCUGUGGUUGGCGCCUCAAGGCCUGUUUUAGGUUCUGAUGUCCCUAAACUGCCCUACCUCCAAGCCAUUGUGAAAGAGUGUCUGAGGGUGCACCCACCAGGGCCUUUGCUCUCAUGGGCUCGCAUUGCAAUCCAUGAUGUUUAUGUCGGUGAAAACUUCAUCCCAGCAAGAACAACAGCCAUGGUGAACAUGUGGGCAAUAACUCAUGAUGAAAAGGUCUGGUCUGAGCCAAAAUUGUUUAGGCCCGAGCGUUUCAUGGAAGAGGAAGUGAGCAUCAUGGGCACUGACCUGAGGCUGGCUCCCUUUGGUUCUGGGAGGAGGGUGUGCCCUGGAAGAGCCUUGGGAUUGGCUUCUGUUCAACUCUGGCUGGCUCAGUUGCUUCAGAACUUCAAUUGGGUUCCUUCUGAGAAAAGUGAUGUGGAUUUGUCCGAGUGUUUGAAACUGUCUAUGGAGAUGAAGAGCCCACUGGUUUGCAGGGCGGUUCCUAGGUUUGUUUGAUGAUACUUUUCAUUUUAUGUAGGGCUGGUGCUGUGUUUGUUUAUUUAUUGUAAAAUUAAUGUGGACCCUGUUAUGGUGAGUAGACUUAAAUUAGGUUUGUGCAAGUUGGAGAAAAUGGUCUCCUGGGUGUGCAAGUUUUGGGUAUGUAGCUGGUCUCAUGCACUGCACACAAGUUUGGGUUUUCCUGAUGUGCAGAAAAUGUAGCAGCUGCUUCUGAUGCAUUAAGUUACUUUCGUCUGGUUUUAUGUAAUGCAUGGGCAUCUUAUGUUGUGAAAUAAAAGUUAAUUAAUGAUGUGUGUA